UUCUUCUCUUCGGUCUUGGGUGACACGAACCAAGGUGAAGUCCACACGUCGUGUUCUUGCUGUAGCAGCGAGCUGUGCGGCUGUGCCAUGGCGACGGAGGGCGGCGCCGUGAGGACGAAGACGGUGUGCGUGACCGGCGCCGGAGGCUUCGUGGCGUCGUGGCUCGUCAAGCUCCUCCUCUCCCGCGGCCGCUACACCGUCCAUGGCACCGUCCGUGAUCCCGGCGACGCCAAGAACGCCCACCUGGCGGCUCUGGACGGCGCCGCGGAGAGGCUGCGGCUGUUCAAGGCCGACCUGCUGGACUACGGCAGCAUGGCGGCGGCCAUCGCCGGCUGCGACGACGUCUUCCAUGUCGCCUGCCCCGUGCUCCUCCACGCUCCCAACCCGGAGGUUGAUUUACUUGCUCCUGCUGUAACGGGCACAAUGAAUGUGUUGAAGGCUUGUUCAGAAGCCAAGGUUGGGAGGGUGGUGAUGGUGUCAUCUGUCUCUGCAGUGAUGGUGAAUCCUGCCUGGCCUGAAGGAAAGGCCAUGGAUGAAGAUUGCUGGUCUGAUGUCGAGGAAUGCCGAGCCACUGAGAAUUGGUAUACUCUUGGGAAAACAAUAGCAGAGAUUGAGGCCUUUGAUCAUGCGAAGAGAAGUGGACUAGAUCUUGUGACACUCUGCCCAUCCUUGGUGAUUGGACCCUUGCUGCAAUCAACUGUGAAUGCAAGCAGUACGGUCAUACUUGGUUGUCUGAAAGUUGACUGUGAGGUAAAGAUCAAGCUCAGGAACUUUGUGGAUGUCCGGGAUGUUGCCGAUGCUCUACUUUUACUGUAUGAAACUCCAGGGGUCUCUGGACGGUACAUCUGCAAUUCACAUGCAAGGAAGAUGUCUCAUAUCAUCGACUUACUGAAGAGCUGGUAUCCCGGCUGCAAAUUUGCCGACAAGUUUGUGCAAGUGAGCGAUGAACCGACAUUCGAUUCAGGGAAGCUAGAGAAGCUGGGAUGGAAAAUCAAGCCGUUUGAGGAAACACUGAGGGACAGUGUUGAAUCUUACAGGGCUGAAGGUGUCCUAGACUGACCAAUCAGUGUCUUGUAUAUACACACGAACACAAUUGAAAACCAGAUAUGGAUAAAGGGUUGCAUAGGGGCUUGAGAUGGACAGUGUGUAUGUGUAUGAUCCAAGGAAACAUAAUUAAUUUGGAACGAGGAGAUACUCCUGUCGAUCGGCGACGACGCCAUAUUGUCGCUCGUCUUUGAUUA